CUGUCAACGCGCUCAUCAUCAGCUGAUAUAAAAGCAAUUCAUACUUUAAUAUGUCAUUUGCAGCGUUGUUUGAAAACACACUUCUCUUAACGACUGACGCGUCUUGAUAUGCAGACAAGAAAGUAAAAUGUCUUUAUCUGAAUCCUUGUUGAAGUGCUAAUUAUUUCGGUGUCGCACUUUUAUAUUGACUCCCGGCUGCUGGUCGUCCGACUGCGCGUUCUGAUUAUUCAUAAAGAGGACAAUUGAUAGGCUGUUAUUGAUUCGUGACUACCGAUCUCUCUGCAUCCAUCUGCGCCUCGGGACAACUCAGGCGCACUGUGACUGACAGUGUGAGUCGUCAUGAGGCAUGCUGUCCACUGCUCGGCUUAAGAGCACUUAAUCUGUCAUUAGGGAGUUAUUUUCAGACAGUGCACCAUUGACGGUCACCGGCUGGCUCCUUUACCAGCCGCCCGCACCUCUCCAGUUGGUUUUCUUCCUUUUUUGCGGCACCGCUUGUUAUUGUUUACUUUGUUCGUUAGAGGAAAACUUUUCACCGCGGCCUGAUCCUCCUGUUUGUCCCUGCCAGACAGUACGGCCGUACUUGUGAGCCUCGGCAACGCGAUGGAGAUGGAGCAUUUCGACGAGCGGGACAAAGGUCAACGACACGGCCGGUCCAGUGCGAAGUUGAACGGCGUGCCGAGUCCAACACACAGCGCCCACUGCAGCCUGUACCGGACCCGGACCCUGAAGACUCUGACCACGGAGAAGAGAGCCAAGAAGGUGCGUUUCUACCGCAACGGAGACCGGUACUUCAACGGGAUAGUAUACGCCAUCUCCACAGACAGGUUCCGGACCUUUGACGCCCUGCUGGCGGACCUGACCCGCUCUCUGUCCGACAACGUCAACCUGCCACAGGGCGUCCGGACCAUCUACACCCUGGAUGGCUGCAAGAAGAUCACCAAUAUUGAGUUGCUGGUAGAAGGUGACAGCUACGUGUGCAGCUCCAUCGAAGCUUACAAAAAGUUGGAUUACACAAAAAACGUGAACCCCAACUGGUCUGUGAACGUCAAGGCCUCGGCUGCGUCCUCCCGCGGGCCUCCCUCUCUGGGCAGCGCCAAGGCCGGUGGCCCAGAGAGCCGCGAAAUCAAGGACUUCAUACGUCCGAAGCUUGUGACAGUGGUGCGGAGCGGAGUGAAGCCCCGCAAAGCUGUGAGGAUCCUUCUGAACAAGAAGACGGCCCAUUCCUACGAACAAGUCCUGACCGACAUCACUGACGCCAUCAAGCUUGACUCCGGAGUGGUGAAGAAGAUCUACACACUGGAGGGCAAACUGGUGUCAUGUCUGCAAGACUUCUUUGGCGAUGAGGACGUUUUUGUGGCGUGUGGACCGGAGAAGUUCCGCUACCAAGACGACUUGAUGUUGGAUGAGAGUGAGUGUCGUAUGAUGAAGUCAGUGACCUAUGGGAAGAUGACUGCCUCUCUGAGCCGAGGCUCCCCCAGGACUGUCAUCCAAUCACAACGCAGCAAGUCCCCUGCUUCCAUGAACGGGACGCUGGCCAGUCAGCUGUCCACUCCUCAUUCGGGAGAAUCUCCCAGCCCGUCCCCAACCAGCCCAGGCAGCCUCAGCCAACACCGGGGGUCCCAGGGUUCUUCCACCUCUCUGUCUUCCUCUAAAGUGUCCAGCUCAGUGGAAGACAGGGAUGGACCAGAUACUGAAGCUGAAGUUCUAGUCGAUGAGGUUCCAGCUGUGCCGUCCUACAUAUCAGACCGCUACAAGGUGGGACGCAUGUUAGGCGAUGGAAACUUUGCAGUCGUCCGGGAAUGUGUGGAGCACUCCACAGGACGGGAGUACGCUCUGAAGAUCAUCAACAAGGGCAAAUGCAGAGGCAAGGAGCACAUGAUCCAGAACGAGGUGGCCAUCCUCCGCAGGGUCAAACAUCCAAACAUCGUCCUGCUCAUAGAGGAGGUGGACACUUACAGCGAACUCUAUCUGGUCAUGGAGCUGGUCAAGGGGGGAGAUCUGUUCGAUGCCAUCACCUCUGCCAACAGGUACACUGAGAGAGACGCCAGCGGCAUGCUCUACAAUCUGGCCAACGCAAUCAAAUACCUCCACAGCCUCAACAUUGUGCACAGAGACAUCAAACCAGAAAACCUACUGGUGUAUGAGCAUGCGGACGGCAGCAAAAGCCUGAAACUUGGAGACUUUGGUUUGGCGACUGUGGUGGACGGCCCCCUCUACACUGUCUGCGGGACCCCGACAUAUGUAGCACCUGAAAUCAUCUCAGAAACAGGGUAUGGCCUUAAGGUGGACAUCUGGGCAGCUGGAGUCAUCACCUACAUCCUGCUGUGUGGUUUCCCACCCUUUCGAGGGAGCAGUGACGAUCAGGAAGUGCUCUUUGAUCAGAUACUAAUGGGACAGCUAGAAUUUCCCCUACCGUACUGGGACAACGUGUCAGAGACAGCCAAGGAGCUGAUUCGAUCCAUGCUGGAGGUGGAGGUGGAUCAGAGAUACACGGCCCUCCAGGUGCUAGAGCACCCUUGGGUCACUGAUGAGGGUCUAUGUGAGAACGAUCAUCAGUUGUCAGUAGCAGGGAAGAUAAAGAAGCACUUCAACACCAGUCCGAAGGGCAACGACACCACUGCAGGAGUGUCAGUCAUUUCUGCCACCCCUCUUGAUAAGGAGGGGCAGGUUCUCAGACGAGGACGCCACCCGAAUGUGAAGCCACUGCCUUUGCAGAUGAUGCUAACAGUGACAACAGUAACAACAUCAACAGCAAAAUCACUACGGGCGGAGCCCCCCAGUUGCCUCCCUGGCCUGCCCAUGGCCCCUCCCUCUCUGACCCCUGACACUUGCUCUGACCCUUCCCCGAACCUCAGCCUCCCAUCUGACUCUGAUGACAUCUCCAUCAGCUCAGCCAGUAUCUUCUACUCCCCCAUCUCGCCCUUCUAGAGAGGAGGCGGAGGGGAGGAGGAGGAGGAAGAAGCAGCAAGGAGGGAAAAUCCUCAUCCAGCUCCUCCCUCUAUAUGUAGGAGGAGGAGGAGGAAGAGACGUCAGCCUCCCCUCAGUCUCUUUUCUAAGGCUGGGGGUGAACAGGGGAAAACCGUGGAGGGAGGAACAACAACAACAAAAACAACUCGGAGAACUUUGAGCUCCACUGAAUAUAUCUUUCCAACCUGGAGGAGUGAUCGAUCAAAGGGUGGAUAGAUGAAAAAGUGGGUUGAGAGGUUGAGAUAAAGAGGCAACGAGAAACAGAGACCAUGAAGAAGAGGGAAAAGGUGAAAUGAGGCGAAAUACUUUUUUAUUUAUUUAUUUUUAAACGUUCUCUCAUCUGAGCACAUGUUGAAGAGCUCAAGGAGCGAGAAAGGGGCGACAGUAUCGUUUACCCUUCUGUGAUGAUCCGGGCUCAACAUGGAAACUUCCUUAUGAUGGAGCAGCUCCACAAGGCAAUAUGAGAAUAUGGACCAAUGUUCAUGUUUUAUUGAACCUUAUUUAUUCAUUAUUUAGUUACUGCAUUUUUUUAAUAUGUAUUUCCCUUUUACAUGAAGAAUAUUUCUUUGUUGGAUUGUCCUAAGAGCUAGCAGGAACGACAAUAAUGGAAAAGUGUGUCAAAGUAGAGCUCAGAAAUGUUGAAGUAGGCUAACGUAGGUUAAUGUGGGGAAUUGAGAGCUACAAUGUGUAGAGGAGUGUUUUUCUUACCAAUGUGUUAGAUACAGUGUUCAGAUAAAUGAUCAAAGACAGCAUUUGUGCUAUAAUUCUGUGCACCACACAGUAUUGGCAUUGCCUUCCUGUGCUGUUGGAUUGCAGUUUUAGAGUUUACAUUUUACAGAGACUGCUAUUAAGACAAUAAUGGUGCAUUUGAUCUCUCCAUAUAAUUGUGUUAACUGCUUCACACAUGACAUCUUGGUACACAAAAUUCAGCAGCAUUUGGGUGCUUGUGUAGCAAACUCACAUUUUGUCUUCAUGCGCACAGUUUCACAAUCAUUCUGAAUUUAUAUCAUAUUAAUCUUAAUAUUUUGCAAUGCUCAUAUACACAUAUGAAGCCUGGUUUAUGUAUUUUUCAUACAUAAACACUAAAGUCAUAUUUCAUCCACAUAUUCCAGCAGUUAGGAAAGGUAUCAUUGUUGCAGCCAUAGGUGUACCGGUUUGUAUGGGUUUGGAGAAUUGUUUUAGGUGGUAAAUGAAUACAAUUAGCAGUUCAUGAGGGCUGCCUAUUUGCACAAAGUCUAGGUGCAGUCGAAUUGAGAACGACAGUUGCCAGAGAACCAGCAGCACUCCUGGAAAGCAGUACAGUUAAAAGGACAGGAGAUGAUUCAUUUCAGCUCUGUACAACCUCAUUCAUGACUUAAUUUAUUCAGAUGAAAGCAUGACAGACAUACAGUAGCCUAUUCUUAAAUAAAAAAUGGUUCUGUGAUGAAGUAUUGUUUAUAUGUUAUGUAAAUAACAUAAUUUCAUUUAUUUUGAUAGUUCACAAUACAGUAUAUUUAUUUACUAGUAAUGAGUUUAUGAAAAAUGUAAAAAAAAAAAAAAAAUUCAUACAUGUCUAUCAGUCAGUCGAAGAAAAAAACAACAAUAUCAAUGUGUUGAAAAAGACCAUUUCAACCUGAUGUCCCACUUAGAUGGAUGUACUCAGACAAAUCUAGAGAAGAAGAGUCCAUCACCAAACACUGGGAAUGAUGUCACUUCCUUUGCAACAGCAACCGAAAAAGGGAUUUCCAGUAAUUGAUGUGAGAUAACAGACAGGAGAAGCCACAGGAGUAUAAGAAGAGCGAUUUCCUUUCGAUUUUUAGGGAUGAUCUUCAAUGGUUGAACUUGUCUGUAUUUAUUCUUAUCACAACACAAACACAGUAAUGUGCCACCAUAUUGACCAGAUCAGUAGGAAUUUGUCUAGCUGUUGAAAUCCUCUCAUUCCGGCACAUGUGGUUUACCAAAGUGCUCUCACAGCUGCACUACAGUAUUACAAUCUGUUGCAAUACCAAUACUUGUACCUCUGUUCAACAAUGGUGUAUUAAUAAUAAUAGUAAUAAUUAAAAUUGGUUUCAAAAACAAAUUCUCUGUGUUUUACUAUGGUUUCAUGUGUUUAGUUAGUUCGAUUUUAAAACUUUAAAACGGACAGACAGUAGACAAUUCAUGUGAUGGACCACGAAAGGUUCCCAAAUCUCUGAGUUUGCUGCAGACGGAUUUAAUGAAUUGUAAAUUUGCCUUGUUUUAAAAAAGCACAUCCUCCCACUCAGGUUUUUUUUGCUAUUGUUAACAGUUAUCUGCAGGGGUGGCACUUGACUAGAGGGGUACUUAAUAGUUGUGAAUCCCACAACAGUUGAAGCCAGAGACGAUGGAUCAAACAUGUUCUGUACUUGACAGGGCAGGUGCUCAGCAUACAGUGGUGAUGAUAGAGGCAACUUUCUCAGACCUAUUUAUUUAAUGGAAACUUAUUAUGACUUCUCCAUUGUUGCAUAAAAAAUGGACAUACAGUAAGGAAAGACUUCAUAUAAAACAAAAGUGGGACAGGUAAUAUCCAAGUCACAUUUUACAAACUGGUAUAUGAACUGGUUUAGCUCACCGGGUAGAGCUUGUGCCAUUCACAACAAGGUUGUGUUGCAAUGUUAGGGUUCAAAAAAGGCUUGAGCUUUCUUUACUUCAUUCAGGAUCUUUUUCAACAUGACAUUUUUCAACAUAUUUUACUUGGUCUUAAAAAUCACGUUUUUGACAUGAAAUACAAUGAAUAGUUUUGGACAUACUAUAUGACUUUUCAUGACGUUUUUUCGACAUUCUAUGUUUUGACUUUAUAUAAUUUUUUUGGACAUAAUAUACUUGGUCUUUUAAAUUACUUUCUAGUU